CGCGUCCGGGUGGGGACGGAACGCUGCGCCAUGAGCGGCGUGGGGGACCGCGGUGCCGAGGCCGGCGCUGCCCAGGCCGAGUCCGCGGGCGCGGCGCUGAGCGUGGACGUGGCGGGGCUGCUGGCGCAGCUGGCGCGCAGCUUCGCGCUGCUGUUGCCGGUGUACGCGCUCGGCUACCUGGGCCUGAGCUUCAGCUGGGUGCUGCUGGCGCUCGGGCUGCUCGUGUGGUGCCGGCGCAGCCGCGGCCUCAAGGCCACCCGCCUGUGCCGCGCCCUGGCGCUGCUGGAGGACGAGGAGCGCGCCGUGCGCCUGGGGGUGCGCGCCUGCGACCUGCCGGCCUGGGUUCAUUUUCCAGACACUGAAAGAGCAGAAUGGCUAAAUAAGACUGUGAAACAUAUGUGGCCUUUCAUUUGCCAGUUUAUAGAGAAGUUGUUUCGAGAAACUAUAGAGCCAGCUGUGCGGGGAGCAAACACCCACCUUAGCACUUUCAGUUUCACUAAAGUUGACGUGGGUCAACAGCCCCUCAGGAUCAAUGGUGUCAAGGUGUACACUGAAAAUGUGGACAAAAGGCAAAUAAUUUUAGACCUUCAGAUUAGUUUUGUAGGAAACUGUGAGAUUGACUUGGAGAUCAAGCGGUAUUUUUGUAGAGCUGGUGUGCAAAGUAUACAGAUUCAUGGUACAAUGCGGGUGAUCCUGGAACCGUUGAUUGGAGACAUGCCCCUAGUGGGAGCCUUGUCUAUCUUCUUCCUUAGGAAACCACUUAUAGAAAUUAACUGGACAGGACUGACUAAUCUUCUCGAUAUCCCUGGAUUAAAUGGUCUGUCGGAUACCAUCAUCCUGGACAUAAUAUCAAACUACCUGGUGCUUCCCAAUCGGAUCACCGUUCCUCUCGUCAGUGAAGUCCAGAUAGCUCAGUUGCGGUUUCCUAUACCAAAGGGUGUUCUAAGGAUACAUUUUAUUGAAGCUCAGGAUCUUCAGGGGAAAGAUACUUACCUUAAGGGACUCGUCAAGGGAAAAUCAGACCCCUAUGGAGUUAUUCGGGUCGGCAACCAGAUCUUCCAAAGCAAGGUCAUCAAAGAGAGCCUGAGUCCGAAGUGGAACGAGGUGUACGAGGCUCUAGUCUAUGAACAUCCUGGACAGGAACUAGAGAUUGAGCUCUUCGAUGAAGACCCAGACAAGGAUGACUUCCUAGGAAGUCUUAUGAUUGAUCUCAUUGAAGUUGAAAAGGAGCGCCUUUUAGAUGAAUGGUUCACCCUGGACGAGGUCCCCAGAGGAAAGCUGCACUUGAAACUGGAGUGGCUCACGUUAAUGCCAAAUGCUUCAAACCUCGACAAGGUGCUAACAGACAUCAGGGCUGACAAAGACCAAGCCAAUGAUGGUCUUUCCUCCUCAUUGCUGAUCUUGUAUUUGGAUUCAGCAAGGAACCUUCCGUCAGGGAAGAAAAUAAACAGCAAUCCAAACCCUCUUGUCCAGAUGUCAGUUGGACACAAGGCCCAGGAGAGCAAGAUUCGGUAUAAAACCAAUGAACCUGUGUGGGAGGAAAACUUCACCUUCUUCAUUCACAAUCCCAAGCGCCAGGACCUCGAAGUCGAGGUCAAAGAUGAACAGCAUCAGUGUUCUCUGGGGCAUCUGAAGAUCCCUCUCAGUCAGCUGCUCACCAGUGACGACAUGACCAUGAACCAGCGAUUCCAGCUCAGUAAUUCGGGGCCCAACAGCACUCUGAAGAUGAAGAUCGCCCUCAGGGUACUCCACCUUGAAAAGCAAGAAAGGUCUCCAGACCACCAACACUCAGCUCAAGUAAAGCGACCCUCUGUUUCUAAAGAAGGGAGGAAGAUAUCCGUGAGAUCUCAGAAGUCUGCAUCACCAGGCUCUGGUGACAGCAGCACAGCCCCGUGCACUCCAGUCAUGGGGAGCAGCAGUAAGCCUGGCAUAGAAGAGAGAGCCCAGCCUGUGGAGGCCAGCCCCCAGGGGCUGCGAGACCUGGGCAGGAGCUCCUCCAGCCUCCAGACCGGUGCCACCUGCUCCCCCAGCCAUGUCUCCGUUAAGGAGCCCACCCCAAGCAUAGCCUCAGACAUAUCACUGCCCAUCGCCACCCAGGAGCUUCGGCAGAGACUACGGCAGCUGGAGAAUGGGACGACCCUGGGCCAGUCGCCUCUGGGGCAGAUCCAGCUGACCAUCCGGCACAGCUCCCAGCGGAACAAACUCGUGGUGGUCGUGCACUCCUGCAGAAAUCUCAUUGCCUUCUCUGAAGAUGGCUCUGACCCCUAUGUCCGCAUGUAUUUGUUACCAGACAAGAGGAGAUCAGGAAGGAGAAAAACACACGUGUCAAAGAAAACACUGAACCCCGUGUUUGACCAGAGCUUUGAUUUCAGUGUUUCGUUACCAGAAGUGCAGAGGAGGACACUGGAUGUAGCAGUGAAGAACAGCGGCGGCUUCCUGUCCAAAGACAAAGGGCUUCUUGGCAAAGUGUUGGUCGGUCUGGCGUCCGAAGAACUAGCCCGGGGUUGGACCCAGUGGUACGACCUCACAGAAGACGGCACGAGACCACACGUGGUGACGUAGUCCAUCUGGCCGAGGAGCCCACCCUGGUGUCCCCACCUACCCUGUGUGCUCAGAGCACACCCUCCCACACAUGUACCGAUACUGGUUUUAUAAUUUCAGUGUAUUUAGUUAUAUAAAUCUUCAUAAUUUUAUAAACCAUGUUGACAUUUUAGGCAUAUUUGGCCAAUAUUAUCGUUAGAUUUUAUAUGUUUAAUUUUCUCUAGUGUUUCACCUGUUAUAAUAGUGUGUAAUAGGGUAGCAGUUAGUUACUGUGUCAUGUAAAGGGGUUUGUCAGUUUUCUCUGCCAGGAACCAGAUGUAUGUACAUGCUUUACUGUUGCCUUGUUUUGUACACACUGAGGUACACUAUGCCAUGUAAAUAGACUAUUUUUUAUAAUCUCUACAUGCUGGUUUGAAUUCUGAAGAAAAUGGAUUAAGGAAAUAUAUUUUUUUUCUUCUAAAAUGUAUUAAAUUCUUAUGACAGAUAAUCACUUUGUCUUCGCAGGGUAAAGUUCUCAGUGACCAGUUUUAUGGUGUUUCUUAUUAAAAAGGCUGAAAGUUUAAAUAUUAGUAUACUUCUGCCCAUCAUGAAUGAUGAAAGUAUUCAAAAUACUACCAGUUCCAUAAAGCUGUAUUGUUGAGAGUUUGUGGAAGUGCAUAUAAGGAGAAGUGCAGCUGAGUAAUCCAGAGUACGAAGAGCACUGCCGUGAUCCAUGAAUCAUGGGCACUAAUUUGAAAUUUCUUAACGUAAAAUGAAAUGUCUUAAGUUUAUUUUUAGUUGCUUGAUACAAGUUAUUCAUGAAGUAGUACACAGGUACACAGUUACACUUCCUAAAAUAGAACACACAUUUUCAGUGUUUUCCCAGCCUGUGAAGACAGGCUCACGUGGUCCCCAUGAAGUGUGUGGGGUGGGUCCUAAGUAGGCGGGAAGUCGGUUUGAAAACCGACAGCUCAUCCAUCCGGCCCUCAGUGCCACGUAGGCCAUCGGAUGCCCUGCGCGAGGCUGCUGGCUGCUGGGCCGAGGGCUCCGGCUCUGCGGCUGGCGGCUGUAAACAACCAUUUCCUGAGUCUCCUCACUUUCUGCCCUGACUGACCUCAGUACUGGGAUAUUGUUAUACAGCUUUUGUUGUGGGAUAUUUGUUUUCUUUCUGGGUUAGUAUAUCAUGUUCAUAUGCCCGAGGCUCUGCAGCCGUGUCGUUGGCUGAGCGCGUCUCUGAGAAGCGUCUGAUGCAAGGGACUUCCUUCGCCAUGAGAACAUUCUAGAGUCGUGUAUUCGGAGACCAAGGGAGUGGAACUCGGUGACCGGAACUGGAGAGCUCGUGGACUCACGGACUGCUCGUGUGACCAAAAUACCAAAGUGCCUGUGGUGGGCGCUGGUGUGACUUCCGCACACUCCUGCCUUCCGGCGAUUUCACGUUGGUUUUAACGGACACGUGGAACCAUGGGUUUGUUCAUAAUGGAGUCUGUAGUUCACGACACUUUUCACGUCAUCGUAAAGACUGCAUAACCCCUAGCCCGGGGUUAGACCGGUUUCCUAGUUAGUGAAACCUCACUGUCAACCGUGUCCGAUAUUCAUGUACAGGAGGGAGUUUAUGAAUGUUCCGAUGCACACGCAAACUAGGGGCACACAAAUUCGCUGUGGUGUUUUAGUAGCAUGGUGAAGGCAGGGAACUACUUACUAAAUCUGGUUGCCUGCCCGUGGUAUUAGGUUUGUUUUCUUAAUUCAGUCUGUUGAAGGGCUUCUGGCAUAAUCUAUAAAAAGAGAACUGCUCACUGAAAUGCUUCAUACCAAUAAUUUUUACCAACACCCUAAACACUGGGAUUUUGCGGUCAUGUGCUCACCUGUUUGGUACACGUUUACCUUAUGGAAUGCUUUAUUUAACAAAUGAGACAAAAUAAAUACAAUGAAAGGUAGAAAGCCAGUUAGCAGCAUGACAUGGGCCUUGUGACCCAGGGACCGGGGAGCCUGGAGACAGACCCUUCUGCAUGUUCAGAGGCCUCUGGCAGCGGACUUUGGUCUGUUCUGCUUGAAAGGAAAGGAAGAAAGGAAAGGGACGAUUCUAAAGACGUAAAACGCUUCCCGAUGUGAUUCCGUCCUGUGGCAACGUGAGCAUUUACUGAGAAGCUCUUCUGUGCUGAGGGGAGGGGUGAGAAUGACCGUUGAGGCCAGACUCGGCACUCCAGGAUCCUGGUGAUGGAGAACACUUGAGUCCUCAAAAUGUUCAUCACUGGUUCUUAAUAUUCAAUUUGUCCAGGAAAAGGGAACGUUAACUUUUCUAUAUUGAGCCAAACCAAUGGGAAGAAAAUUAAAUGGCUUUGAAUUCUGUUGGUUUGUACAUGUGGGUUGCUUAUCCUGUGCCUUAAAAUAUGGAAGUGUGGCAGUGGUGUUUUCAGGUUUCAGAUCACAGCUGUACUCACCGCAAAAUACAUUCUGCCCUAGGAGAGUUCGUGUCGCUGGUACGCUUCAGCAGCAGGUCAGCCCUUCAGGAACCGUGCAGACCAGCGUGUGUGUGUUCAUACUCUGGUCACUGCCGCUGCAAGUGGGAAACGGGGUUUUUUAAUUAUUAUAGAAUGUUCUUUUUGAUCAACUAAUUUUACAUGACAAUGCAUGUAUUUAUUCAAUAAAUGUUUAUGUUACCUAA